GAGAUAUUUUCUGGUCCACAAAUGUCGCACCAGAUGCCAAAAACCCUAUUCCAUUAAUUUCCCUUUUUAUUCGUUUUCUUCUGAAUUCAGCGGCUUCUCCACUUCCUCUACCCGAAUUCUGCGUCUGCAACAGUUUGAGAUUAGUGGGAAAAUGAUGUGUUUUUUCCCGGGAAAAUCAUGCACCCAGAAGAGAGAGAGAGAAAAAAGACAGAAACUUUAACCCAGUGAUGGCGCGGAACUAAACGAGAUGGGCGCCGCAAGAAAAUUCCUCACGAGGACGACGGAGUCUUACUUCGAUUUCUCCGAUAAAGGUGGUCGUUUGAGGCAGUUUUUGUACGGAAACAUUUUCCCUGUUCUCGAUGGCUUCUGGGUUUCCGUCACUAAGCUCCUGUUCUUCCUUGUCGGGUCGGUCAUCUCGUCUGUUUUCAGAGUUCGUUCGGACAGAGGGAACAGCUUGGUUGUGUCCGAGGAAGAAAGUCCGAGCUUUUCCUCUGAUUACAGAGGACACGACCUUGACGGAUCAGAGGGAGAUUUUCCCGAGAAAGAAGAUCAUGCUGUGAAAAAGGAUGAGACUUUAGAUUUCCCGGAAAGUUCUCUGGUUUCAGUCAGCAGGAGAUACGAGUUUCUCUCCGACAACAGUGUCAUCAGCGGUUUUAUAGAAGAACCUAAAGCCGUAAGCUUUGUCGUUCAUGGCGUCUUCCUCGGAUCAGACGAAUCUAAAGGGCAUGCUGUUCAUGAGAAACCAGAGGAUUUUUCGGAUCUUCAAGAGAAACCCAAAACUGUAAGCUUUGAUUUUCAUGAUCUGUACCUCAGUUCAGACAAAUCUGAAGAGCUUACUGUCCGUGAGAAACCGGAGGAUUUUUUGGAUGAACAGGUGCGGGAAGAUUCGAUCGAGAGCCGCAUCCUUGAGAAAAUGUGGGAGAAAUCUGAUGAUUCAAGUGAAAGCUGUUUCGCCUUAGAAAAUAAGUUGGAGAGUUCCGAUGAUUUCCUUACGGAACACGUGAAGAAGGGGAUGGUAGUUUGUGAGCUCAUUAGUUGUGGUGCUGAUGUAAAGGCAGAAGUGGUUCACGAGAACUGUGUUGGUGACGGAGAAGAAGUUAGGGAGACAACAACAGAAGAAAGCUUGUCGGAAGAUGAUGAUUUCAUAGAGCUAAGACCAGGAUCGGAGAUUUUAGACAUUGUUGAUGAAGAAGAUCUCAUCCAGAGGGAAGAAUUCAGCAUGAGUUUUGAGGAAAAUGAAGAUUGUUAUAACUUCGAUGAUGAUUCAGAUGAUGAUGAUGAACACAAUGAUGCGAUCGAAAGAUUGAAAACCGAGCUGAGAAGCGCGAGAACAGGAGGAUUGGCCACCAUUCUCGAAGAAUCAGAAGCUCCAUUCGAAGAACCGAAACCGCUCAAGAUCGAUGCAAAGUUUGAGCUCAAAGACAGAAUGGCCGAAAUUCAGAAGGUGUACAGAAGCUACGUUGCUAAAAUGCGCAAACUCGAUGUCUUGGAUUCUCAGACAAUGCAUUCGAUCAGUCUGAUUAAGCUAAAAGAUUCAACUCAGCCAAGUAGCCGUAUCAAAGAUUCCUCCUUUCCGGCGGCUAAAUCGCCGCUAAGGCAGAAUCUAUGGCCAUUCAAGAAACAGCAACUCGAACGUGAUCCAGUGGAGAGACUCGUAAAAGACGUGAGCCGAGACUUUGAGACAGUGUAUGUAGGGCAUCUUUGCCUGUCCUGGGAGAUACUCCAUUGGCAAUACCUGAAAGUAGUGGAGUUUGAGCAGCAUGAUCCUAAAGGAACUCGUCAGUAUAAUCUCGUUGCCGGAGAAUUUCAGCUGUUUCAAGUUCUAAUGCAACGGUUCUUGGAGAACGAGCCCUUUCGGAGCUGCCCCAGGACCGAAAACUACUUGAAGAGCCGUCGAUGUUUUCAUAAUUUCCUUCAGGUUCCCCUCGUAAGAGACGAUCGUUCCUCCUCGAAGACUAGCAGAUGCAGAAACGAAGGGGCAUUCGCUAUAACUAUAGAAAUGCUGAGAGAGAUCAUUCGAGAAUCCAUUCGAGUUUUCUGGGAAUUCAUUUGUGCGGACAAACACGAAAUAUCCAGUUCGAUCUUGAAGGUUUCUCACCAUACCCAAGUCUCUCCUCAAGAUCCCCUAGACCUUGAGCUCUUGACAGAUAUCAGAACAAAUCUCCAAAAGAAGGAGAAGAGGCUAAAGGAAAUGGUAAGAAGCCAAGGCUGCAUAGUCAAGAAGAUGAAGAACCUGCCAUUGAAGGAUGAGCUUCUUCUGAUAACUCAAGUGGAACUUAAGCUGGUUUCAAGAGUGACAAACAUGUCGAAGCUGAAGACAGAUCAAUUGGUUUGGUGUGAAGAGAAACUGAACAAGAUCAGCUUCAGUGGUCGGAGGAUUCAACUGGAACCUUCAUUCUCGUUGUUCCCUUGUUAGAUCCGAAUCACUCCUACUUUGUUACCGUUGGUCUUGAAGCUGAUAGAUACGAGUUUUAAAAAAUUGGGAAGCUUCUGAUUCAGGAAGAGGGUUUUAGAGAUUCCUGAGAGAGUACGUGUAUGAUGUAUGGUUUACUUGACAAAUUCAAUGCCUAUGGAUGCUCGCCUCCCAUAUUUUUCA